CUUGUUUUCGUUUGAGUUUCUUGUGCUUUUCCCUUUCUCAUAUAUCCCUGCGUUUGUUUGCAUGUCGCGUCUGCCGUUCGAUCAAAUAUGGAGUUUGUACUGGGCUCUGAUCCCUGGCCUCGGUCUCACCACGAGCUGAUACAACAUUACUAUCAACAGUACGACGCGCAAAUAACAUCUGGCGAAUUCAGCCCUUUUGUCUAUCCUUACGGAGCAUAUGGAGCUUUCUUGGUCAUUGUUUACUUAUGUACACCGCACCAAAAUAGGCCAUGGCUCAAGAAGUGUCGCCUUCUAGUCUGGGGUGUGUUGCUUGCGUUUGCAGCAUACAGUAUCCGAUAUCAAAGAGCUAGGGGAAUGGCACCGGCACUAGGCUUAGGACUCGUGCACGCGUGGAGUGUGGUCUACCUUGCCGCAAUUUUAGUGUUCAACGAUGCCCAAACGGAUUUUCAGCGGAUCGAGAGAACUGAAGGCGCAUUUGGCAGUGACCAAAUUUCGCAGCAAGAGAAGGAAAAGAUGGCGAAGGAAAGUACAGAUUCGAACGGUCACAUCCCACAAAGAUCCAAAGCUGGUCCUCGCGACCGCCACGGCGAGUUCGCAUGGCAACCCUAUCCCCUCUCACCUUUCAUCGAGCGCCUGGACUGGGUCUGCGAUCUUUUCUGCAACUUCCGUGGCGCAGGUUGGAACUGGCGCACCUCUGCACUCCCACCACCCCCGAAAUGGCUACAAGAGCAACUCCACCGCAACUCGGGCGACGUACCAAAGCACACCUACCGCAUCCAUGCCGGUCAAGUAACCAACUACCCCGACCGGCGCUCCCUGCUCGUCUCGAACGCUAAAACCCUCAUCAAAGGCUACCUGAUCCUUGACGCCCUAAAAACCAUCAUGAUGCACGACCCGUACUUCUGGGGCCUCCUUACACGCUCUCCACCAUCAUACUUCCCUUUCACCCUGUUAACACAGCCCUGGAUGAUCCACACGUACCGUCUCUUCCUGUCCAUGAUCGCGGUCAAAUAUGCACUGCAAACAAUCUUCUCCCUCGCGCCCCUCGUCUUUGUCGGGCUCUUCGGAUCCUACAUCGGCGCGCGGUCCGAGCCCUGGAUAUACCCCGAGACAUGGGGCUCGUUCACCAUCGUACUCGAUAAGGGGUUGGCGGGGUGGUGGAGCAGCUGGUGGCACCAGACAUUCCGGUUUGCGUUUGAGCAGCCGAGUCUGCGGAUAUGCGAGUUCUUCAACCUGGACCGCCGGAGUGUGCUGGCGAAGGGGAUUCAGCUGCUGACUGCGUUUGGAUUGAGUGGGGUGCUGCAUGCGUGUGGCACGUAUACAGCUGCCGGCCCAACACACCCAUUGUCUAACUCCUUCGCGUUCUUCCUGCUACAAGCGCUUGGCAUCUUCCUCGAAGUCGUCAUCUCCUCUGCCCUACGCAAGACGGGAAUUCAGAAGCAUGUGCCGCAGUGGGCGAUGCGAACGUGGACGUUCAUUUACGUACACGUAUGGUUCUACAACACCGCACACUUGUUGUGCAACGACUUUGCCUUGGGUGGUGUGUGGCUCUUCGAGCCGAUUCCUAUUUCGUUGUUCCGAGGGUUAGGGUUUGGGCCCACGAAGCAAGAUGGCUGCUGGUGUUGGGGUGGAAGCGCAGUUGUGAGAUGGCAUACUGGGAAGUACUGGUGGCAGAGUGGUCUUGCUUUUUGAGCGGAUAGCAUAGUCUUGUAGCAUCGCAUAGCGUAGGCGCAGUUGAAUGUCAGUGUUC